AUGGACAAAAGGGAAAAAAUAGACACUUCUUCUGGAAAUAUUGCUUUAAACUCCCUAUUCAGCAACAUUGAAACCCCCGAAGUGCCUUAUACCAAAAAUUCAUCAAGAUUUUAUGAAUCCCCUACCGUUCCCGUCGACAAAUCACUUCAAUCCCCAUCAAUGAGGACUAACUUGCAAGACACCCGAGAUACAAAUUAUAGCACACGUAGGUCAACAUUUGUCCGAAAAACGAUUUCCCCCAGGAGAACCCUACCUAAAAAUCCAUUUUUGCUUGGAUCAGCAGUAAAUGAAAUAAAUCAAACCGAUAAAUCUGUAUUGACACAAAGGCUUCAAGAAAAGCUAAAGCAGCUAGAAGAAGAGUUCCAGAGCGGAAGGAAAUCAGAAACCUCAGCCAUUUCAAGAGUAGGAGAAAGCUUCAUUGCAAAGCAUGAAGAAGUGCCUCAAGCUAAAUCACUUGAAACUACUGCACCAGUGCCGUGGAAUAACAGUUUUGGGGAAGCAAAAUUUGCUUCUUUAAUGGAAGAUGAAAAUGAGAAUUCUGAUAUCCCAAUGCUAAUAAAUAAAUAUGGCGACGUGGCCAGGGAUUGCCGGGAGGUAAUGCAGCCUCAAGUGCAUAUUUAUUAUAUUCGGCAAGGUUUUGCAAACCCAUGCAUAGACAGUAAUGCUAGGUAAGCAAUUCUGGUAAUCCAUAGAGACUAGCCCUAGUCCUUUUCAGAAUUGGAUUUGAUCUCGAGGAAAAGGUUAGAAAGGGAAAGUCCAGCAUACUCUGCAGGCAAUGUCUAGACCAAUUCUGCAAUUCCUUGAAUGAAACUGAAGGUUACACCUCAGGCUUUGAAUCUUGCCUUUUGGCCGAAAGUCGACCAGAAAUUCCAUUUUUUGGGAUUUUUGUUUCAGAUGUUCAUAGUUUAUCACUCAACACUGGAGCUGACAAGUCAAAGAGGAGACGGAGACACAGAACCCUACUACCAUGGCAUCAGUAGGGUAAUGUUCGAGCCCUAGUUGCCCAACGAAUCAUCAUCUUAUUCAAUCAAGUUUUCCCUAACGAUGCAAGAAGGUGAACCCUCUAGGUAUCCUUGGUGACUGCGUUGCCAAUAGGCAAACCACCAGCCUGCAAUAAAUUUUAGUUAAGAUAUCCCGACGCUAAGAUGGUGCGCUUUUUGUAAAGGAGAAGUUAUGACUGAUAUUUGUUAUACAAAUUCGUCAAAGACAUUUUGAUCAGCAGUUGGAAUUUUCUUAGCUGGCGGCGUGUUUGGGUGCUUUAUAUUGCCGUAUAUGACACAUAAAUGCAAGGAUAUGAAAAUGGUUUGUCAUAUUUGCAAACGUACUUUAAGUUAA